CACACCCAUCUUGUCCAACAGUUGAGGAUUGUCGGGGAUCGGGAAACCAGGGGAACCUCAAGGUUUCCACAGACUUCAAUAAGGAUACCCCGUUAUUUCUGAUUUCUUACAGCGCCAGUCGGACAUACCAACAUGGUGGUGGUAGCAGCAGGGACCGGGGGAGCCCACAAAGUGCUCCUGAUUACCGGGAAACAGACCGGCUCCUCCAGCGGCUCACAGGCAGGCUUCAGCCGGCCCAUCUCUGUCGUUUUACCGUCAUCGGCCAGCCAGGCGUCGUCGGAUUCAGACUCCAACUCCUCCGCGGGGCCACCCAUACGAAAACGACAGAGGCUCACACACUUGAGUCCGGAAGAGAAAGCUCUUCGCAGGAAACUCAAGAAUAGAGUCGCAGCUCAAACCGCCAGAGACCGGAAAAAGGCCAAAAUGGGGGAGCUGGAACAGCAAGUCCUAGAGUUGGAGCUGGAGAAUCAGAAACUAUACAUUGAAAACAGGGUGCUUCGGGAAAAGACAGUUGGCCUCCUGACAGAAAAUGAGGAACUAAGACAGAGACUUGGGUUGGACACCCUCGACACGAAAGAGACGGUUCAGGGUCUGUUGUCCACCGGGAAUGAAGCAGGUUUGGGGAUCGGGUCUUCUGAGUCCGCAGCACUCAGGCUACGUGUGCCUCCGCAGCAGGUGCAGGCCCAGCAGUCCCUAAAUCUGAAGACCUCUCAAUGGAUACAGACAGUCCUGACACUACAGACAAUGAGUCUGAUUUGCUACUGGGCAUUCUGGACAUCCUUGACCCAGAGCUGUUCCUCAAGUCUUGUGAACAGGAGUGCCAGGAGCCGCAGGUGCAGCUGGUCAGAGGGGGGAACCCAGUACCUUCCACCACACCUGCGACUCUGGGGACCCCAUCAGUUAAGCUGGAGGCCCUUAAUGAACUGAUCCACUUCGACCACAUUUACACCAAGCCCGUGGAGGUGAGCAGCGGGCAGUGCAGUGACUUGGAGAACGACACAGAGGAGAAGAGUGAUGAGGCUACCUUCCCCGUUACCGAGGUGGAGGUGGAGACGGUCUGCGUCAAAGACGAGCCGGAGGACGUGGUCAUCCCCAGCUGUCACAGUCAGGUGGAUGACCUUUUCUCUGGAGCCUCAUCCCCUGCCCUCAGCGGCAUGGAUAAGGAAGCCUGCCUGGCGGACACCUACAGCGACUCCGGAUACGAACGGUCCCCUUCCCCUUUCAGCGACAUGUCCUCUUCCCUGUGCUCCGAGAGCACCUGGGACGACAUGUUCGCUAAUGAACUAUUCCCCCAGCUUAUCAGUGUCUGAAUCCAACCCCUGGCCCAAUAAGUUAUAAUAUAUACAUCUAAGAGCUAAUGUGUAGUGUUCAAUAACUACAGAAAAGCACAUGAUGCUUCAUGGUAAUAUAGAACACAACCUGCUCGUAUAUAGGCUAAAGUUAAACACACAAUCUCUUUAUUACAGCAGGUCUGUACCACUGAUACUGAAUUGACUUGAGCUGCAGUUCAUGGAGUUUUUGGCAUCACUUAAUUACUGCAUAGGGCUUAAGAUUGAUUACACUUCUUUCACUUGUUGUUCAAGAUGAAAUGAGUGGAAUCCAGUGUUUCUGUAAAUUAAACCGGGGGAUGGGGACCGAUCAUUUAAAUAUUAUUUAUUUGUGUUUUCUGCUGGAGUCGUCGUAUGUCCACAUGUAAAAAUGCAUUCUUCUAAUUUGUUGUCUGCUCUCCGUAUAGUCUAAUUACUGCAUUAAAAAAAUUUUUUGCAUUGCA